ACUGCCGGGCGGUUUACCCAAGCGAGGAGGAGAAGGAGGAGGAGGAGGUGGAGGAGGAGGAGGAGCAGGAGGAGGAGGAGAAAAUCCACCCCCCCACCCCGAUCCUGGCAGGCCCCGCACCCCGCAUCAAGUCCUGUUCUAAGAGGAGCGAAGAGAAAUAAACGUGGCAGCGCAUAUAAGGCCAGCGGGGAGGUUGGGAAACGGUGCUCGGAGGGGCAUGCAAUUUGCAAACAAUCUGGACAGUUCUCUCCCACCCCCUUUUUGCAGACCCCCUUUCCCACCACCGCCCCCGCAACCCUUCCCUCCCCAGGCCAGCCGCCUGUUUUUGGGGGGUGCUGGGAAAUCGGUGUGCUACCCUCUGUAGGAGAGAUGGCGGGUUUGGUGCUGCCUGGGCAUCACGGGAGGGAGACGCUGAGACAAUCUGGUAUUACACUGUCGUGCUAAUUCCCCGACUGCUUUCCAGACACGUCUGGCCCCCACAGCCCUUCAUCUCUGUCUUCGGUGCUGGAAAAGGAUUUCGAUCUGUCCUUAGGAUGAAGCUCAACUGAACCGAAGGAAGGAGAAACAGCGCUGACUCUGCAGGUCUGUGUCCGCCUUUGGGGCAGUGCAACUAGAGGAGAGUGGAAAAGAGCAAACUUGCCCUCGUCCCGGGAGGUCUUGCUCAGCUGGCAGAAGUCGUGGGCCUGACCUGACCAGUGCACAUCUCACCUGAGCAAGCCAGCUCCACGCCCUGGAUCAGAGGAUCACCCAAGCUGCACCAUGAGCCGUGUUCGGGAUGCUGGCUGUGUAGCAGCAGGGAUAGUGAUUGGGGCCGGCGCCUGGUACUGUGUCUAUAAGUACACCAGGGGAAGAGACCAAAAGAAAAAGAGACUGACCAAGCCCAAGAACCGAGUUAUAGCUGGGAGUGGAGCCAGGGCUAGGACUGGGCUAAGGGCCGGAUUCACAAUCGACCUUGGGCCAGGAUUUGGUCCCCCAACCCCAGUCCGUGCUAGGGCAGAGGAUGGGCCCCAGGAGGAAGCCUCUGCCAUGGACACAGCUAAAGCCGAGGCAGUGGCCCCAGCUGCACCCAGCGCUGAGGCUCACAGUGAGGCCGGCACUCAGGUCCAAGAAGCAGAAGGGGGUGGGGUUAUGCCUAAGGCAGAAUCAGCGGUUGGGGCUGCAGCAGCUUCUGCGGUGACACCACCUCCCGGGGUGGCAGAGGCUCCUGCAGGUGCAGAGGCCCCCCCAGUGGCAGGGACCCCCAAAGUGGCAGAAGUUCCCAGUGUAGCAGAGGUACCUAGGGCAGCAGCGCCUGCUGGGACAGCUGCACCUACCCAAGUGGCAGCACCCACCCAGGCAGCAGAGCCACCUGGCAUGGCAGCACCUACUGAGGCAGCUGAGGCUCCCAGGGUGGUACCACCUACAGAGGUGGCUGAGGUUGCUGUGCCCGCAGUGCCUGCUGGGGUGGCAGCCCCUGCUGGGGCUGCCGAAGCUCCUGGGACUUCGGGAUCUCCUAAAACAGCAGCAGCUGCCAAGAAAGCAACUCCCGGGGCUCACACUGGGGCUAUCCCUAAGGCAGGGCCAGCCACUGGAGCUGUCCCCAAAGGUGGAGCCAAGGGUGGAACUAGGUCCCGGACUGGAGGCAAGGGCAAGGGCAAAAGAAAUAAGGUGGAAGUAGACGAACUGGGGUUGGGCUUCCGCCCUGGAGAUGGGGCUGCAGCAGCUGCUGCAGCCUCUGCUAAUGGAGGCCAGGCUUUCCUGGCAGAGGUCCCUGAUUCUGAGGAAGGGGAGUCUGGGUGGACUGACACAGAGUCUGAUUCAGACUCGGAGCCCGAGACCCAGCGCAGAGGGAAGGGAAAAAAACCUGUGGCCAUGCAGAAGCGCCCCUUUCCCUAUGAGAUUGAUGAGAUUCUGGGCGUCCGAGAUCUCAGGAAAGUCCUGGCCUUGCUUCAGAAAUCGGAUGAUCCUUUCAUCCAACAGGUAGCUUUGCUCACCCUGAGCAACAAUGCCAAUUACUCAUGCAACCAAGAGACAAUUCGCAAAUUGGGAGGCCUCCCGAUUAUUGCAAAUAUGAUCAACAAAACUGAUCCCCACAUUAAGGAAAAAGCCUUAAUGGCCAUGAAUAACCUGAGUGAGAAUUAUGAAAAUCAGGGCCGGCUUCAGGUCUACAUGAAUAAAGUGAUGGAUGAUAUCAUGGCCUCUAACCUGAACUCAGCGGUACAGGUUGUUGGACUAAAAUUUUUAACAAACAUGACUAUUACUAAUGACUACCAGCACCUGCUUGUCAAUUCCAUUGCAAACUUUUUCCGUUUGUUAUCUCAGGGCGGUGGAAAAAUCAAGGUUGAGAUUUUGAAAAUACUUUCGAAUUUUGCAGAAAAUCCAGAUAUGCUAAAAAAACUUCUGAGCACCCAAGUGCCAUCAUCAUUUAGUUCCCUUUAUAAUUCUUACGUGGAGUCAGAAAUUCUUAUAAAUGCCCUUACUCUUUUUGAGAUCAUCUAUGACAACCUCAGAGCAGAAGUGUUCAACUACAGAGAAUUCAAUAAAGGCUCCCUUUUUUACCUGUGCACUACAUCUGGAGUGUGUGUGAAGAAAAUUCGAGCCUUAGCAAAUCACCAUGACCUCUUGGUGAAAGUGAAAGUGAUCAAACUAGUGAACAAAUUCUGAUUGGUUAUAUGCUCUUAAAAGACUUGAAGAAAUGUCUUGGUUUUGCAGUCUGGAAGCAUUGAAAAUGCAAAGUUACUGCUUUUCCAUUUGUCCUUAUAGUAAAGGAAUCUCUUCAGCUGCCAGCUUUGAAUAAUGUAUCAUCCAUAGUGAUGUUAUCUGUGUCAGCCACCAGCUUUAAGCUGAAUCAUUUUAUGAAUACCAAAUAAAUAGUCCUCUUGUACUGAAAAUGCAUUUGUGACUUUAAUUGUGCUGCUUGGAUGGAAAUGUUUUUUCUGGUUCCUCUAUGUGAAUUGACAGUGAUCCUGUCCUUUCUGAAUGGCCUAAUAUUCUGUUAUUUGUUUUCACUUGAAUUUAGCCACCAAAGAUUUCUUUUGUGUAUCAUCAAUAAAGUUGUAUGUUUUA